UCCUCUUCGUCAUUUGCAGCUGAGAUGAAUAACCAGCAAGAAAAGUCAAAGAGGAAGGACGCAAUCUUAGUUGAUGGAGUUAUUUUAAAUGGCCCAGUAGCAGAUUCAAAAUCAGGCGAGAAAUUUGUGGAAGAGGUCAGUAAAAUCAUAAUGGAAGAAGUGAUAAAGAAGGCUGCUGAUGCAACUGAAAAGGUGUGUGAAUGGCAACCUCCUGAGAAACUGAGAACACUUCUUGAUUUGGAAUUGAAAGACACAGGAGAGAGCCAUGCCAAACUCUUGCAGUUAUGCCAGGAUGUUAUACAAUUCAGCGUCAAAACCUAUCACCCAAGAUUUUUUAAUCAGUUGUAUGCUGGUAUUGAUUAUUACUCUUUAGCAGCACGUUUCAUUACAGAGGCAUUAAACCCGAGUGUAUAUACCUAUGAAAUUUCUCCAGUGUUUUUGCUAGUGGAAGAAGCAGUCCUAAAGAAAAUGAUUGAAUAUAUUGGAUGGGAAGGAGGAGAUGGUAUAUUUAAUCCAGGUGGCUCUGUUUCCAAUAUGUAUGCAAUGAACUUGGCAAGAUAUAAAUAUUUUCCUGACAUAAAGGAAAGAGGUCUUUCUGGGAUACCUCAGUUGGUUCUGUUUACAUCAGAAGAGUGUCACUACUCAGUGAAGAAGGCAGCUUCCUUCUUGGGAAUUGGCACACAGAAUAUUUGCUUCAUCAAAAGUGAUGACAGAGGUAAGAUGAUACCUGAGGAACUGGAGAAACAAGUCCAGCGGGCAAGGAAAGAGGGUUCAGCACCAUUUUUUGUCAGUGCUACUGCUGGCACCACCGUUUUGGGAGCAUUUGACCCUCUGAAUGAGAUAGCUGACAUAUGUGAAAAACACAGUCUUUGGCUGCAUGUUGAUGCAUCAUGGGGAGGCUCAGCUUUGCUGUCAAGGAAGCAUCGCAAGCUUCUUCAUGGCAUCCACAGGGCCAAUUCUGUUGCUUGGAAUCCUCAUAAGAUGCUUAUGGCAGGAAUCCAGUGUUGUGCACUUCUGGUGAAAGACAGCUCUGACUUACUUAAGAGAUGCUACUCUGCCAAUGCCUCAUAUCUGUUCCAGCAAGACAAGUUUUAUGACAUAAGCUAUGACACAGGUGACAAAUCCAUCCAGUGUAGCAGAAGAGCAGAUGCAUUCAAAUUCUGGAUGACAUGGAAAGCCCUGGGGACAACUGGCCUUGAGGAGAGAGUAAACAGAGCCCUUGCAUUAGUCAGAUACUUAGUGGAUGAAAUUAAGAAGAGAGAAGGAUUUCAGUUGCUUCUGGAGCCAGAAUAUGCAAAUAUUUGCUUCUGGUAUAUUCCACCUAGCCUGAGAAAGAUGGAGAAAGGACAUGAAUUCUGGGAAAAGCUCAGUCACAUUGCACCCACCAUUAAAGAGAGGAUGAUGAAAAAGGGAAGCAUGAUGCUGGGUUAUCAACCUCAUCAUGGAAAAGUUAAUUUCUUCCGCCAGGUCAUCAUUAGUCCCCAGGUGAUCCGUGAAGACAUGGACUUCCUGCUUGAUGAGAUUGAUUCACUCGGGAAAGACUUGUAGUUGAUGCUCCCCAACACUAGGUGCAGCUCCUGUGUGUAGAGUUUAUAGACUAAAAAACUUAGUGGCAUAUGUUAUUAGACCUUGUGAUACACAUAAAAAUGCUCAGUUGGCUGGGCAAAUGGUGGGCAAAUGGAAGUCUGAUUUUCUGCCAUUCUAAUAAACAGGUAAUGACUUUUUGAAAGAGGCAUUUUGUAUCUCUAGACUGCAAGAUGAAACAUUUCUUAAUCAGUAAGAUGAGUAUCUAAUUUAAUUCCUAUAACUGAACUGAGUGCAAUUACGUCAUUGAUGUAGUAGAGCUAAGUGUGACUUACUGAGUAUUAAAUGAAAGAAUGUCAUACAUGUUGUGAAAUUUAAAAGUUAAAGGGAAUUUUAUCAUAAUAGGGUAAUGUACAAAUGUUACCAAAUGUGCUGCCCUUUAGAAAAAUGAAGUGUUAUAUGAGCAAUUGGAUACUUGUCAUCAAUCACACAUUUUUCCUGAAAACAUUCAUAUUUUUGCAUAGAGAUCAACAGAGAUCUAUACUGAAGAUUAUACAACCUCUCCUACCUUUGAAUAAUUAAUCUCAUGUAGCAGGCUUUUCCAUUGAUAGAUUAGGAUUACAUCCUCUAUUAUUCCAAGCAGCAUGGUUAAAAAUUGUGCUGGCUGGGAAUACUGGGAAUUAUAUUCUCAUCCCCCAUCUGGAGGACUUCAGGAUGAGAUAAACUGCAUUAUAACUUCUGAAUCAUGUCUACAAUGCUAAAAUUGCAGCAAGGUCUUCCUUAAGCAUUUCAGAAGCAUAUUUGAGUUUUAAAAAUUUUAUGUGUGUAUGUACACAUGUAGGUCUUAGUUGUGUUUUUUAUUCAGUGUAGCUAUUUAAAAUAAGGUUUAUGGCACUGAUUCAUCACCAUGUGUGUGAUAAUAUAAAAACCAUCGUUUACCUACCUUAAUAUAAACUUGUUGGAAACUACACUAAAGGCAGUAUAAUGCCGGGAUAGAGACCAAAGAACCACACUGAGAUCAGAAGAAUUAGCUCUAGUGUUUAUUGUUCUACUCUGCAAGACAAAAUCCUGCUAAACUGAAAAGGUACCAGCAAAUCCUGCUAUAAAACCCCAGAAAGCUGAGGCAGGUCUCUUCUGGUCCUGGUGACUGGAAACGGAAGAGAUUCAGUACUGUGUGUGCACCUUUCCCCCUGGGGAAAAGAGGCCCCCCUCCUCUUCACCAGCAAUCUCCAUAACAUAAAAGUACAUAAUAAUUUGAAAUAUGUUUAUAAUAUUCAAAUAGAGACAUAGUUAAAUGGUAAAUAGGUUUGUGAAGAUGGAAAGGCGUAUAAUAUUUUCCCCCUAUUUAAUUGUUCUUUGCACUACUUUUUAACAAACCUAUUUGUCAUUCAUGAUCUUAUUUUAUUACUUUAUGUAGGGCUUCUGCUAUAUUUGCUCAUUUAAAUGUUGAAGUUACAUUUGAAGCAUGAUAUAAUACUUAAUUUAGUAAA